GCCGCCUCAAAUUGCCUAUCCUCUUUGUGGCGGCCAUAUUAUACAAAGUGAAACCAAAAUGAAGAAAAGAAAAUGAAGAUAAGGCUGUAUGACAUUAUGCCAAAGCUGUUAAAACUAUACUUAAAAAAAAAACGGUGCUAUCAAAAAUCAGCCUAGAAAUAAUGAUAAACGUGCCAUGCAGUAAUUUGUGAUUUUUUUUUGCAUACAAAACUGAAACUUCUGAUUAAAAGAUGGUGAAAUCUGUAAAGUAUUAUAAUAAAUAAACAAAAGCUCUGGCUUUGCUGAAAAAUGGACACGUUUUCAAUUGUUUGUACUGUACUUUGGUAUGGUGCGGUUACUGCAGUAGCAGCUUUGGUUUUGUUAUCAAUAAUCAUUUACGCUACUACAAAACCGUACCCUAUUGUAGAAAGGUACAAAGAAGAAGAAACCUUCAGAGAUCCUGUUACAAAAAAAAGACUUAAAUUUCCAAACAUCAAUGGACAUCAUGAAGUUUGUUUGAGCGUUGUUGUACCUGCUUAUAAUGAGGAAGAGCGAUUGCCACCAAUGCUUGAUGAAGCUAUCGAAUUCCUAGAAAAAAGACUGAAAGAGUGUCCAUCAUAUAAGUAUGAGAUUGUAGUGGUCAGUGACGGUAGCAAAGACAAUACUGUCAAAGUCGCAGAGUCAUACUCUGAGAAAUUUGGAUGUGACAAAGUCAGAUGCCUGGAAUUAAUCAAGAAUAGGGGAAAAGGUGGUGCUGUUAGAUUGGGUAUACAAAACUGUAGAGGAGCAAUUAUUUUAUUUGCUGAUGCCGAUGGAGCAACAAAGUUUGAAGACCUGAACAAACUUGAAACGGCAUUGGCAGACUUAGUGGGACACAAUGCUGUAACAGACCCAAAUAUUGUCAGUGAGGAAACAGCUGUAGUUAUCGGCUCCAGAGCACAUUUAGAAAAGGAGUCUUUGGCUACAAGGAGCGUCUUUAGAAAUAUCUUAAUGUACGGCUUUCACUUCCUGGUGUGGCUGUUCACUGUACGCGGUAUCAAGGAUACGCAAUGCGGAUUCAAACUAUUUACUAGAAAUGCUGCCAAGAUUUGCUUCCAAAAUCUACAUGUUAAUAGAUGGGCUUUUGAUGUCGAAUUAUUGUACAUAUCUCAAAAACUGAACAUUCCAAUAACGGAGAUUCCAGUAAGAUGGACCGAGAUCGAAGGGUCCAAGGUAACACCUGUUUUAUCAUGGAUCCAGAUGGGUUGCGACCUAGGACUCAUCUGGUUGAAGUACACAAUUGGAGCAUGGAAGAUUCGAAGUGAAAAAUUAGAGUAAGCAAAGGUAAAUAAUGUCUUUGUAAGUGUUCAACAUUAAAAUAAGACUCGGUAACUUGGUGCCUACUACAAUGCGCGUUUAAAAACAGAGAACUUCCCAAUUAUUGGUAAAUAAAUAAUGCUCCAAUACUCAUGACAUACAAUCUAUAAAAUAUUCAAAUUAUUCUGUUGUUUGUAUCGAUCAAUUAAGAAAAGUGAUUAAUGAAAAGUACCAUCAUGCAAUACAUAGAACUACACCUUUAAAGUUACCAAAGUAUUACAGUACUACAAAAUAGACUCAGUUAUGAAAUAUAGCAACAUUCGUAGGUAACGCAUAAACAUAAAAGAAAUAAGUCUUGCAUUCUGUCUGUUCACAAAUUAGAAU